GACGUAACACACACAACAGCUAGGCAAACCCAAUUUAAAAACGCUAAAUGUGAUUAACCUUAGCGUUAAAAUAUUACAUAUUUUAUCGUGCAAGAGAUAUCAUACUUUAUCAUUGUUUGAUCUGACUCUCUUCUAAUGGUCAGGGUUCAGAUGUUUCCCACGCCUUCCAGUAACUUAGGCCUGUUAUCAAAUAAUUUGUGUACUUCCGAAUAACGAUAACAACGAUUACAAACAAGAAGCUGAGGACCACAUCCACCUCAAUUCUAUCGUCUCCGCCCAUAUAAAGGUGACGAAAAUAUAUGGAGACACUUCAAUGCGUGCAUGUUAAGCGGGUUUGUGAGGAGGUGAGAUGGCUGCAGCUGAUGUGAAAAAAGUUUUGCAGUUAAAGCAUCAGCUGAAAGAUUCCUGUGAAGGACACACGGUGCUGAAAAUCUUAAAGAAACUUCAAGACCUGGACAUAACACUGGAUAUUCUGGCUGAAACUGGAAUUGGCAAACUGGUUAACUCCUUUCGAAAACAUGAUCAGGCAGGAAAGGUGGCAAAAAUGUUAGUAAAUCGAUGGAAAGCACUUGUCCCAAAAGACUCUAUAAGUGGAGAACAGCCCAACAAAGAAGUUGAAGAAAGGCGUAGCAGUCAUCUUUCAGAGAGUACCAAUUCUAGAAAAAAAACAAAAAGUGACAGUAGCCCCAAAAAGAAAACAUCCCAAAACAUUGACCUUGAAAGUGAAAUGAAAUCCAGCAAAUCUGAAGCCUCUUUGAAUGGUGUUAAAAAGGAUAGGGCGAAAAAAGAUUCCCAAACCUCCCAGUCUCACAGCCAUGGGAAGGAAAAGGCUAUUAGUACUGACCAUUUGAAGUGUGAAAAGACUGAGAAGGUUUCUAGUAUAACAAGGAAACAACGAAAUCCAACACUUGCACGAGUAAAGGCUUUAAAAUCAGCUGCAGUGCAAAGUGAAAAAAGUGCAGAUGCAUGCAAGAAAGAUACAAUAAAGAAGACUAAAGAGAAAAUAAAAGUGAUUGGAGAAAAGGACUGCUUUGAGACACCAUCCAUGUCCUUUGAAGCUUACUUGAGCUAUGAUUAUGAGCCUCCGAAACGCAAAAAAUCCUUCAGUGCUGUCAAGAAUCCAAAACGACGUAAAACUGCCCAGAAAGAGAACUCGCGAGUGCACAAAUCCUGCACGAAGACACCUGAAGUUGUAUCUGAAGACCCACUAACAAUGGCUCCUGAGCACUCAUUGACCGACUUGCUUAAUGUUCCUCUACCAACCAUUUUUCCAGAAUGUGAGGACAUUUCACAGUAUCAGUACUUUGGUGAAAGGAAAGCCGAGACAAAGGUCAUGGAUGUUGGUGAAGAGGACCCAAUUUUCAUUGGCCAGAGGCUUAAGAAUAAGAUGCAAGUGUACUCGGGCAAUAAGAUCACAUACCUGCCUGCCAUGAUGACACUGUACCAGCAAUGCAUUCGGGCACUGCAGAACAACAUUGACUCUCUCUAUGAGAUUGGGGGAGUGCCUUUCGAAAUCUUGGAGCCAGUACUUGAGCGUUGCACACCUGAGCAGCUUCUACGGAUCGAGGAGUAUAAUCCAGUGUACAUAGGGGCGACAGACCACCUGUGGGAGAGACACUGCCUGAGAGAUUUUAGGAACGCACAGCUGGAGGAGUAUGAAUCUUGGAGAGAGAUGUAUCUGCGCAUGUCUGAGGAGAGGGAGAGAAAACUAAAGCGACUGACAAAGAGCAUUGUAUCUGCUCACUCUGGGAAACCCAAAGGAAGACAGGUGAAAAUGGCCUUCAUUCAUUCAGCUGCUAAGCCACCUAGAAAUAUAAGGAUCCAACAGGAGAUUCAUGGCACAGCUGGCCCCGUGACAGUACCUCGCCCAACAGACAAACCCAGUACUGUGAAACCCCAUGAGAGCCAUGGAAGAUCCAACUUCAGUGAGUCUUCAAAACCCUCCAACAGCUCUGGACAAACACAUGACCCACGAAAGAUGAAGCGAGUUGCACCCAUGAUGGCGAAGUCCCUCAAAGCCUUUAAAAAGCAGAUUAGUCGGAGAUAAAUGUUGUAAAUAAAAUGGUACAUUAUCUAAUAUGUUCACCAAUAUGGUGUAAACGGUUUGAGAUUUUGUUUUGCCCCAUUGUCUUCAUAAUUCCUGUAAGCAUUCCUGAUAAAUUACAAAAUGUUAUGUUAAAUUAAUUUUUGUAUAAACAACAAUGCACUUCGAAAUCAAAUAGUCUCUUUUAUUGAUCUUGCAUAUCAUGACCGAUACUGUUCUGAAUUCUGAAAUUAAAAUCACUUUAACCAUAAAA